CUCUCUUCCUCUUGCUUUCCUCGGCCUCUAUACGAGAGCUUUGAGCUCCAUUGAUUGUCGCUCCCUAUCUCCCCAUCGAAAUUACACUCUGUCCUUCCUUUCACUCUCUUCUACCCUCCCCCUAUUCAUGCCUUGAUCGGUUAAAUUGUUAUACACUUCGCGACACGCAUUCGUGAUGAAUGGCUUCGCAUCGCACGGCCUCGACGAGGAUGCAUUCGGGGAGAAGUCUGGGCUGCAGGGCGGCCUAAAGACAUUUGAUGCUUUUCCCAAAACAAAACCCUCAUACACUGCCCCAUCCCGCCGCGGAGGACAAUGGACCGUCCUCAUUCUCGUCAUUUGCACAGUCUUCACCUUCUCAGAAUUCCGCACCUGGCUCAGCGGCUCCGAGAACCACCACUUCAGCGUCGAAAAGGGCGUCGGCCAUGACCUACAACUGAACCUUGACCUCGUUGUCCGUAUGCCCUGCGACACCCUCGACGUCAACAUUCAAGAUGCCUCUGGCGACCGCAUCCUCGCCGGCGAUCUGCUCCAACGCGAGCGCACCAGCUGGAAACUCUGGAUGGACAAGCGCAACCGCGAAACCUCCGGCGGCGUCCAUGAAUACCAAACCCUCAGCCAGGAAGACUCAGACCGGAUCUCUGCGCGCGAAGCCGACGCACACGUCCACCACGUCCUCGGUGAAGUGAGGAAGAACCCGCGCCGGAAGUUCGCCAAGGGACCCAGGCUGAGGCGCGGCGAUACCGUCGACUCAUGUCGCAUCUACGGCAGCUUGGAGGGCAACAAGGUCCAGGGUGACUUCCAUAUCACAGCUCGCGGACAUGGAUACAGGAACUUUGGAGAACAUCUGGAUCAUGGAGUCUUCAACUUCUCCCACAUGGUCACCGAACUCUCCUUCGGCCCUCACUACCCUACUCUCCUCAACCCGCUCGAUAAAACCAUCGCCACCACCGAAACCCACUACUACAAGUACCAAUACUUCCUGUCCGUCGUCCCCACCCUCUACUCCAAGGGCGCCAGCGCCCUCGACACCUACACCAACCACCCGGAUCUCAUCGCCACCAACAGGAACAGGAACCUCGUCUUCACCAACCAAUACGCUGCCACCACCCAAGCCCAGGAGCUGCCCGAGAACCCCUACUUCAUCCCCGGUAUCUUCUUCAAGUACAACAUCGAGCCGAUCCUGUUGAUGAUCAGCGAGGAGCGGACAAGCUUCCUCUCGCUGCUGAUCAGACUCGUCAACACCGUCUCGGGCGUUAUGGUUACGGGAGGCUGGGUGUAUCAGAUCUCCGGGUGGGUUGGAGAACUGGUGAACCGGAAACGGGGUAGAGGAAAGUCAGAGGGUGUGCUUACAGGGAAGCACUACGCGGAGGACUAGAUUAUCUCCAUCAUCUCCAUCAUCAUCAUCAACUUUGUUAUUAGCAUUAUCAUCUUUUGUCUAUGCCUAAGUCCUUGUCUCGAAUUGUGUAUAUCUCUUGUGAGAAUACGAGGGAAACUAAAUAGUUAGAUAAAG